UACACAGAGACGAGAACGGACGCCCUUGAGCCAACUGUUGAGGUCGACCACCGGCGAGUCGCGUCAACAGCAGCUGCCGCCGUCGGCAAUAACACAACGGUAGAGAAGCCUUGUAAAAGGCGGACGACAGUGCGCGAACAAAUGCAGGGCCGGCCGCGCGCACCGACAAAAGCCGAGCGAUGGACCGAAUUUUCCGGGGCAUAAUGAAGUACAGGGACACGACCCGGACAAGAAUGGUGGAGCAGUUCGUCCAGGUGAAAAACAAGCCGGAACCUAAAGCUGUAUUUUUCACAUGCAUGGACAGUCGAAUGUUACCGGCUAGAUUUACCGAAACUAAUGUCGGUGAUAUGUUCAUUGUGAGAAAUGCCGGCAAUUUGAUUCCGCAUUCGCAACACUUCCUCGACGAAUACACGACUUGCGAACCUGCUGCCCUGGAACUCGGAUGUGUUCACAACGAUAUUAGGCACGUCAUCGUGUGCGGUCAUUCCGAUUGCAAAGCAAUGAACUUGUUGCACCUGCUGAGGGACACCGAGUUCUCCAGCAUCGACAAUCGCCGGCUGUCGCCGCUCCGGGCCUGGCUGUGCACUCAUGCCAUCUCGUCCCUGGAGAAAUUCCAGCAGCUGGAAACGUCCGGGUUCGACACGCCGCUGGUGUUCCAGGCCGAAACGCCUUUGCGCAAGAUCAUCGCCUACAUCGAUCCAGAAAACAAGUUUUCCAUCACCGACAAACUGUCGCAGGUGAACACCCUGCAGCAGUUGCAAAACAUAGCCAGCUACGGGUUUCUCAAGAAGCGGUUGGAGACGUACGACCUGCACAUACACGCCUUGUGGUUCGACAUAUACACCGGUGACAUAUACUAUUUCAGCAGACAGAGCAAAAAAUUCGUGGAGAUCAACGAGCUGAACAUAGAGAAACUGGUGGACGAGGUGGACAAGUAUUACAAGUGAACAAACGCAACGACGGCCGGCCAGGGGGGGUUAUAAUUAAGUUUGAUGUCCAAAACGCGCACAAUCAAAAACGAAACGACUUGAACGCGGGUGCUUGUAACUUUUAGACAAUUUAUAAAUAAAUUAAGCAUUUAUUAGUUACCGUAAACAUUCCAAACCGAAACAUUCCUAACAACGUCCAUAAUAUAUUAUAUUAUUAUACAGAACGCUGUUGUCGCGUACUUAAAUUUGUUAUAUUUUUGUUACUUCGUUUUAAUAUUUUAAUUUUCGUCCCAAGGGAUUUCGAAUCUCUCGCUGUUAAAACAAACUGUACAAACCGUGUUAUUUUUAUCAUUAUUAUUAUUGUAUUUUAUAAAAAUUACUAUUAUAUUGUUGUACUCACUGCUGUUAUAACCGUGGUGCUUUUUUUCUACAGUUUUUAAUUUGGGAAUCUAUAUAAAUAUACAACGAGUACAGACGUGUUUUAUAAAACGA